CAUAUAGAGGAAGACAGGCAACAUAUCUAGAGAGAGAGGAGGAUGCAUCGUUAUCCCCAGAUCUUCGACACUCGAGGGGAAUCCCACGCAGGAACUCACAGUCUAUCCAAUGUCGUAGGAGGACCAGAACAGCAGAGUCUUGAAACCAUUAGAUCGUCCUUCAACAUUAUGUCUCCUCUUCCAACAUCAGCUGAUGCCUUGUGUGGAAGCACAGCCUGGACGAGCUUUCAUCACCAACACGAACCUCAGAUUGAUAUUCCUACUAGUUUUUGUUCCGAUGAGCUCCUAGAGAAAAUAGAUUUGCCACUUCCAUGGCAUAAAUCUUCUGGGUUUGACCCCACCGCCACCGAUAAACAAGAUCCAUCAGCCUCUCGUUUUAGUUUCGCUAACUCCUUGCACUCCAUUGUUGAAUCUUUCUUGUCCAGCAGCGAAGAAAGCUUUUCUUUCUCUGAAAUGUACACUGGGUUCCCUUCUGAUUCAGACAAAUAUAAGGAAUUUCUUGGCGAUAAAUUGUCUUUCCGUGAGCAUUCGCAAGAAAAUGAACUGCCGGUUCAUGAUGCUGCUGCUGCUACAGAUGUGAAGCCCUUCGAAAUUUCCUUUCAGAGAAGUGAUCAGUCAGAUCAGCGGUGCUCACGAGCUUGUGGGGUUGCUUGUUUUCCCUCUUCGAUCAACUCUAUUUCUACUUCUAGGAGCUCUCUAACUCGUAAAAGAAGAAUAAGAUGGACCAAGGAUCUUCAUGAGCCUUUCGUCAUGAUUGUUGACUGCCUUGGUGGUCCUGAAAAGGCAAAGCCUAAGUCCAUACUAAAGAUGAUGGAUUCAGAUAUGCUGACCAUUUCUCACAUCAAAAGUCAUUUGCAGAAAUAUCGAUCUACAAUAUGCGUGCGGAAAGAUUUGCGGGAAAAAUCUGGAGAAGGAAACGGACCAGAAGGAGUCUCCGAGCUUCAACUUAAAAUCUAUAAGCAGAUUGAGGAAUCACUACAACUUCAGCUUGAGGUCCAAAGGAGUCUUCACGAACAACUGGAGAUACAACGAAAUCUGCAACUGCUAAUAAAACAGCAGAGGAAGCGGCUCAAAAUAAUGUCAGAUCAUCACCAAAAGCAAGGAAGCAAACCACAAGUGAGUGUCCCCACCAAAUGAUGGAGCAUAGCUUGGGCAUAUAUUUGUUUGGAGCAAUCAACUAUGUGCAAAGGAGGAGAGGGUAUUCACUAUUGAGUUUCAAAGAUGGUUUUGUCAGAGUAGAUUGGUCUUGUACUUUAUAAAGUUGGGUGGAAGGAUCCAGAGCUAAAGAGGGUCAUUGAAUGA